UGCUAUCAACAGCUGUUCGUAGUUUUUAUUGCAAAAACCGCGCGACGCGAGUACAAGUUAAAUAAGCUGAUUGUUUACACAGCGUUGUUCCGCAUUGUUUUUGUUCAUAUGAUAUAUAAAUAAAAAGCUUGUCAUAUUAAAGCUUCGAUAGUCAGCUGAUAAGCGCCCACGCAUUCAUUCGUACUGGUAUAGGGGGGAAAUCGGAGGCGGCAAAGCAAAGCAAUUGAAUUGUCAAAUUUAAAAAAAAACCACAACCAAGGUCAGCCACACAUAAUAUAAAACGACCAACGCGCAACCACAUUCACAUACUCGUCUUCGCUGACAUACAUAAGUGCUGGGGAAGCAAAAACAAUCGGGAUAUAGGCGACGGCACUAAUUCGCUUAACCACUAUAACAUUUGCAGAUACUGCUGAAUCGAAAGCUCCCUCCCCCAGCGAAUUUCCAUCGGUGCAGUCAGCGACAAUUUUUCCAUAUCAACGUUCGCACUGUUAAAAGGCAGACGUCUUUCUGUUUGUGUCCGAGAAAACUAACAUGGGUUGUGAGGAGAAGCAAGAAACCACCAAGCCAAGCCUGCGCAUCCAGGACAUUCCGGUGCUGAUGCAGGACCACUGUCGCAUGCUAGAUCCCUCCAAGGUGGAGCGCAUCAUCAAUGAGUUCGUACAGGGCGGCCCGGAGCGCAUGCAACUUGUGUCGGACUUUGACUAUACAAUCACCAAACAGCGGACUGAGGACGGCAGUGUGGUGCCCUCCAGUUUUGGGAUCUUCAACGCCUGCCAGUCGCUGCCGGAUAGCUUCAAAACGGAGUCGGACAAACUAUACCAUAAGUACAGGCCAAUUGAGAUCGAUCCGCACAUGCCCAUCCCCGAGAAGGUUCAAUACAUGGUCGAAUGGUGGACCAAGUCGGGUGCGCUGGCCACCGGCUUCCCCUUCGAUCAAUCAGAAAUAGAUCAGAUUGCCAGCAAGUAUAAAAACGCGCUACGUGACCGUACUCAUGAGUUUUUUGCCGAUCUACAGCGCUUGGGCAUUCCCACAUUGGUGUUCUCCGCCGGACUGGGCAACUCUGUGGUCUCCGUUUUGCGCCAGGCAAAUGUGAUGCAUCCCAAUGUAAAGGUGGUGUCGAAUUUCUUGCAAUUUCGCAAUGGACUUCUGGACGGCUUCCAGCAGCCCAUGAUACACACCUUCAACAAGAACGAAACUGUCCUGGACGGCAGUGAGUAUUACAACCUGGUCCACACACGCGACCACAUCAUCGUGAUGGGGGAUUCCCUGGGAGACGCUGACAUGGCCUCCGGCGUUCCGGCCUCUUCGCAUAUCAUAAAAAUUGGUUUCCUUUUCGAACAUGUGGAGGCCAAUAUGGAUAAGUACAUGAAGACAUUUGAUAUCGUCUUGGUGGAUGAUCAAACAAUGGAUGUGCCCCGGGCUUUGCUCGCUCUCAUCGAAAAGCAGCACCAGCUGAAGCAGCAGGCCACAACGCAGAGCACCCUUUGAAACCUCGGACAAAAAUACGUAGUCCCUCUGUAUCGUACUCAAAAAACGUUCCUGCUUUCUCAUUAGCAGGAAUAAGUGUUAAAUUUUAUUAGCAAACACACAGCAGAAGCUACUAAUUAAGUGGUUUAGAUUUAACCAUUUCAUCCAUUCUAACAGCAAUUCAUACCAUAUUAAAUGACAACGUUGUGCUACAAAAUUA